UUACAAAACACCCAAGAAACACGAACAAAAUGGGAGAGAAACAAGCAAGAACCUAAAAAAUCCAAGAAGUCAAUGUCGCACUGUGAACAGUAACGACGAGCUUCAAUUUAGCCUCAAGUCGUUAAAUUCUUCAACUAAAAUGGUAAUCCAAUUUCAGAAUCAGAAGAAGCCUUCAAGGUCACUCAUAAGCCCCCAAAAAUUGGCCUUCAAGUAAUCAAGAACAACAACAAAUUUGGAAUCCAAGUUUAAGAGAUGAAUAGUAAAACCGAAAAACAUUUUCGUCGAUUCACCCAAAUCCAGUCUCAAAUCAGCGAAAUUGAACUCAAAAUUGGAAUCUUUUGCAGAAAACGAUCCAAGAGCUCCAAAAACCGCACCAAAAGCACCAAAAAAUCAAGAAGGAAGAAAAGGGUUAAAUCGGGCGUGAACUGUACUUUUCCAACCUUCCAGCACCUAGUGAGAGAAACUCUAGCGCGAUGGAGCAGAUUGAUCGUGCGCUAAGCUUUAGGAAAAUAUCGGAACUCUUUGAAUCCUUUAAUAUAAUAUUUGAGAAUUGAUGCCUUAGAAUUUUGACACGUGGCAAUUUUAGAGAUUUAUUAUUCAGACACAUCAGAUUACAAGCGUCCAAUUGGAUUUUUGGUUAGCGAAGACUUUCCGAUCUAAGAAAAGCUCGUCUCUUUCAUUCUCCACGCUGAUUCUCCUCCAAAAAUAUCACGGAUUUUCCGUGCGAUCUCUUCGCCAAAGGAAAGGAACAUAUUUUGUGAAAAAAGGUAUUUCGGAUCCAAAAUUUUUGAAGCGUCAAAACGAGGUAUGUUUUCAAAAAUCAUACGCAUCAAUUAUUCAAGAAUCGUGAGGAAGAAAUCAUACAUCGAUGCUAGCUCUUUAAUCUUUGUUCUGGAGAUCCCAAUUAUUCCCAAUCCUAUUCCCAGAUUUGUUGGCUCGAUUGUAAUCCAAAAUUUUAUCUUAAAUUCAUAUAUUGAUUCGUUUGAAAGAAUUCCUAGGGUUAUUAGAUAUAUAUUAUUUCCCUUUGAUGAUUGGGAGCGAUUUCUGUUUGUUUUUUGUAUUUUUGUGAAAACAAACCCAGUUUGAUUUGUUAGAACCGACAUACCUGGAUAUCUUUUAGUCAAUUGAAUUGAGGAUUAAUUCUCUUAAUAUCCUAAUUCAAUUGUUUUUGGGUAGUUUCUUAUCCUCUUAGUGAUCCAUGUUAUUUUGUUCGGCUAUUAUGUUCAGGUCCACAAAGUUUGUAUAGAGGAGACAACUAAAUGUAAAAAAAAACCUGAAGAUGGGUGUGUGCAAUCAAUUCUCCUUAUUAGCUACUGAUUAAUAAUAUGCUGCUUUCAUUGUUAGAUUUCUGCUGUUUGAGAUUUCUCUGUUAGUAACUAUGGAGUACUUAAUAUGAGAAAUGUAGUAUUCCUUUGUUCUUAUAUCUUUAAUGAACAAAGGAAUUUAAUCUUUUGCAUCCUUCCUUUUAUACCUGCGUAUAUUGAUUGCAUUCUAAGUGUUUCUUAUGUUGAUUGUAUGCCCAUAGUGUACUAUUACAGACAUGUUCUCAUGAUGGUCUUUAUGUUCUAUAUUUUAAAACACUAAUAUAUUGUUAAGAGAUAUAAUGGCUUAGAAGGACCUGCAAAUACUAUUUUUUUAUUUCAUGAUCUCACAUAUAAAAAACUAAAUAUAUUAUUGGUCAGUUUAAGCUUUCUCCUUGACUAACAAGGUUAAAUGCUCACAACUAAGAGGUUAUAAAGGAUUAUGAUGUUACAGUUGUUCCUUUUGUAUAUAAAGGUUUAGGAUAAAAAAAAACCAUUGUUAAAUAUAUAAAAAAAUUCAUGUAAGCAAAUGAAGCCAUUGUGUAAGGUACAUGUAAGUUUGACUCCAUACAUGUAAGCCAACAAUUCUGUUUUUCUCACGGGAACUCUACAUUUCGAAUUGCCACAAUUGUUCCAAAUUGAUUCUGACUUCCUGCGAUUCGAUUUCAAAUUCAUGAAUCCCCAAAAUUCAGAUUUUAUUUCCUUCGUUAGAUUUGUUGAACUACUCCAGUUGUUAAGUUUUAUUUUAUUUAUUUACUCCAAAUUGUUAGGGACUAUAUUUGGUAGUUCUCUUGAUUUGGUUUUAUGCUUAUUGGUUAUUGAAUUAGUUAGCACUUAAGCACGGGGUAGAAUACUCAAUACAUAACUAUUGGAUACAAUUUUCGUUCCCACCUACUUGGGGUACUCAAGUUCUGUACAUUUGCUUGCCUGAGUACCCGCCUUUUUAUUCCUAAACUAAUCAUAUAAGAAUUUUAAUAAACUUUUUUAUUUGGCAUUUUUUGGAUACAAAUGUUAUCCUUUCUGUUGCUUUGUUGACAAGAAGAGUGAAAAAAAAAGUAAGACCUUACUAUCACAUGCGCUAGCACAAUACCUACUGAUGAGGUAGACAUGAUUGUUAAAAAAGUUGAAGUAUUUGCUCAAGAAGACAAAGAGAAUGGAUACUAUCUUGAAUGACUUUCCUUCUUGCACUAGAUUAGUUUUUUUUAAAUAUAUAUUUUGUGUAUGUUGUCUUUGUGUUAGGUUGUUGUAACAAGGUUUCAAAAACUUCGUGGGAGACAAGCAGCAACAGAAGCUUAUAUUGAAUCUUUGAAUUAGACAACAAGUUUUACUAUCCUUCAGCAAUAUCUGGAUAAGAUGAUAUACGUAUAUGAUAAAUUUUCAUGCUCUUUUAUAACUAAAAUUAGUGCACUAGAGUACUAAUUAAAGCUUAGUCUAGGGCUAGAGGUAUCAUCCAUCUUAUGUGAUUAUGAAUUCUAUUUAUCUAAUUGGUUUCAAUUAAGUUUUUUUCCAGUAUCAUGAAACUCUUAAAGGAGUGUGUGAUGGCGUAGGCUGUUGCUUUUUUCAGAGAAAAAACAUGUGACCUUUGAUGGAGCAUGUUCUAUGUAUUGAGCAGCGCUUAUCAUUCUUGAGAGGAAUAAAUUUUUCUAUCCUAUCCUGGCGAGAUGCUCUAAGUAUAUGACGACUGUUCAAU